UUCCUCUCACAUCAAAAACAGCUUCUUCAUCGCUCUUUCUGAAUCACCGCCAAACAAACAGCGAUUUUCCGACGAGAAAUAUCGGUGAACGAUGGCCGGAAGAGGGAAAACCAUAGGAUCUGCAGCCGCGAAGAAAGCUACAUCAAGAAGCAGCAAAGCCGGCCUCCAAUUUCCCGUUGGUCGUAUCGCUCGUUUCCUCAAAGCCGGAAAGUACGCCGAGCGUGUCGGUGCCGGAGCUCCUGUGUAUCUCGCUGCCGUUCUUGAGUACCUAGCGGCUGAGGUUCUCGAGUUAGCUGGAAAUGCAGCAAGGGACAACAAGAAAACUAGAAUCGUCCCAAGGCACAUCCAAUUAGCUGUUAGGAACGACGAAGAAUUGAGCAAGCUUCUCGGUGACGUCACCAUUGCUAAUGGCGGUGUCAUGCCUAACAUUCACAACCUUUUGCUUCCUAAGAAGGUUGGUGGUUCCAAGCCAUCUGCCGACGAUGAGUAAGGGUUUCCCAACGAAUCAUCGAACGUAUGUUUUGUGCUGGUUAGGGUUCGAAUCAUCUCUUUUUUUGUUCUAAAUUUGUGUUUUUAGGGUUUCUUACGUUAGGGACAUGCUUUUAUUUAACUAGUGUGUAUAUCUGUUGAAUUUAGUAUGGACACCUUAAACUUCUUGAUAAUCAAUAUUGGUUCUAUUACUUACA